CUCCGGAGGCCCUUACUUUGCCCACCACCAUGUUACUCUUUUAAUCCAUGCUGACCUACUUUAUUAAAGGGCUUUUGACCCUCCCUAUUCACUAUGCUUCCCUCAAUGCUUCGACGUAUUUCUCGCCCUGCCUAUCCGAAGCUGUCUCUCGAGAUUCAACAGCUCCAUAACACGAGAAGGAGCCGGCCAUGGCAGCAGCAAUCUCGAUCCCUCUUCGGCAAAUCCAAAUCAGAGGAGAAGAAGAAGAAGUAUAAGAUGUCGCCCUCCCGUGGCACCUUGAUUGGGGUCACUUCCGUGGUAAUCGCGGGUUCUCUGACCUACAUCCUCUACCGAAACGACUAUGUCCAACCUCUUCCACCCACCCGUCUGCGCAGCGAGAUACGAGCCGAACGACAAAAACACCAAGCUAUACAAGAUAGGAAGCACGAAAUUGUUGUCCAAAAUGCAGAGCGCAUGAAAGCUCUCCCAUUCCACCAGGAUCUACAAACUCCUGCGGAUGAUUCAGCUUGGGGGAACUUCAGCACAAAAUUCGCCUUGUUCUCUUCCGUCGCAGAUCUUGAAUGGGGCUCGGUAGCCGGUAAAAUCAAGGACUUCGUGAUGCCAGAUUGGGCAAAAGUUUUGCCAGACUACAUCGGCAAGUUGCAGAGGGAGCUCUCAAUGGCUCCAGGGUCAUUGGCAGAUGAGAUUUGGCAAGAAGCACACGAUCCAUACACAAACCCGGAAAUCGAAUACGCGGCUUCCGUUAGAGUCUCUUCGGAACUAUGUAAAGAGGAGAGAGAGUUCCUUAUGAAGCGGAAGAAGGCCACAACGACAGCAUUGGCAAAAUACCUUGGUCUUCCGGAGGAGGAAGUCCAUCCAGAUGAUGUGCCGUGUAUUGCUAUGGUCGGAUCUGGAGGUGGUUUGAGGGCUUUAGUAGCAGGCACGGGCUCCCUCCUUGCUUCAAGUGAAGAUGGAUUGUUCGACUGUGCGACCUACACUGCUGGUGUCUCCGGGAGCUGUUGGUUACAAGCACUAUUUCACUCAUCACUCGGUGGCCGACGCCUCGACAAAAUUGUUGAUCAUUUGAAGGCCCGAAUUGGCGUGCACAUUGCUUACCCACCCGUUGCUCUUGCUGCUUUAAACUCUGCUCCUACGAACAAGUUCCUCUUAAGUGGCUUCGUUGAAAAGUUGAAGGGAGACCCAGAAGCCGAUUUUGGACUAGUUGAUGUUUACGGGCUGCUGCUCGCUGCAAGAUUGCUUGUUCCAAAAGGAGAAGUUGGCGUCGACGACAGAGAUCUUAAGAUAUCGAACCAACAAGAUUAUCUCAAGAAUGGCGAACAUCCUAUGCCGAUUUACACCGCAGUACGUCACGAAAUACCUAUUAUUGAAGAGUCGUCAGGGCUUGAGAAAGCCACAGACUCCCCCUCGCAGGAGACGAAAGCAAAGGCGAAAAAGGAAGCCUGGUUUCAGUGGUUCGAAAUCUCGCCAUAUGAGAUGUUUUGCGAGGAAUUUGGCGCUGGGAUCCCAACUUGGGCUAUAGGUAGGAAGUUUGAGAACGGAAAGGACCUUGCGCAAGACGAGGGCGGAUUCCGUGUGCCGGAACUCCGACUACCAUUGAUGCUUGGAAUAUUCGGAUCCGCCUUCUGUGCAACCCUAUCCCACUAUUACAAAGAGGUUCGGCCUUUAGUCAAAGGUCUUGUUGGCUUCGGCGGCAUUGACGAUAUGAUCGAGGGGCGCAAUGAAGACUUGAGUAAAGUGCACCCGAUACUGCCAGCUUCUAUUCCCAAUUUUGCGUACAAGAUGGACGACAAAUUACCGAAGACGGCACCGGAAAGCAUCUACAAGAACACACACCUGCAACUCAUGGAUGCGGGAAUGUCGAACAAUCUUCCAAUUUAUCCCCUGCUCCGGCCUGGUAGAGAUGUUGAUAUUCUGAUAGCAUUUGACGCCAGUGCAGAUAUCAAAACCGAAAAUUGGCUGUCUGUGGCAGAUGGAUAUGCACGACAGCGCGGGAUCAAAGGCUGGCCUGUUGGAGUUGGUUGGCCCAAAGAAAAGGACAGUAUAGAGAAGACCACAGGUCAGCUUGACGAAGCCCAAGCAAGCUCUGCAGCUGAAGCCGAUGCCAAGCUGGAAGACGCGAAAGCAGAUCAAAUUGAGCAUCUGAAAGACGUCGAGGAAAAUGGCAAAAAGGUAUCAAUCAGUCAGAACGAUGAUGAUUUUGGAGACCUGGGAUAUUGCACUGUAUGGGUGGGGAGCACCCAAGAACGGUCGUCCAGCACAGAUGAUGUCCCAUCCAAAGCUGUCAAGGAAGAUUGGGAACUUAUGGAGCCAGACGCCGGUAUCGCAGUUGUUUAUUUCCCAUUCCUGAGCAAUCCCAAAGUCGAAGGUGUCGAUCCGGUGACAAGUGAUUACAUGAGUACAUGGAACUUCGUCUAUACCCCUGAAGAUAUUGACAAUAUCGUUGCGCUUGCGAGAGCAAAUUUUGACGAGGGACGAGAGAGGACAAGAAAAUGUGUGCGGGCCGUGUAUGAACGCAAAAAGAAAAAGAGAGAGGCCAGGGAGAGUGCGGAGAGGGAGAGUAGGUGGAGGAGGAAGGUGAGGCUUGGGAUUGUGGGUAAGAAGGGGGAGGGCGAUCACUUUCAUCUCACAUGAAAGUCCCAUGAGAUCCUCCUUGGCCCCAUAUGUCCAAGGUCAGAUCCAAGGAAGUAGAUAGUUACAGACUCAACGGCUGGACGCUUCCUCAACAUGCUCCUGUGGAAGCACCCGCACUAACAUUCAGAGAAUGUCGAAAGACUGCCGGAUUGAAGCAUAUCAAGAAACUUCAAAUGCUGGGAUCAUUGCACAUUGAUCGGCAGUACCCGAAGUCCUUGGCCGGGUAUCAAAAAUGGCGGUGGUGGAUCCCUUGCCAGCUUCUUCCACGAACUCAAUGCUUGUCAUUGGGCACCUCCCUCGUCAGUAAUAUAUUCGAAGGAUCUCGCUCCUUGUUUCCGAAGACCCUUUUUCAAAAUUAAAUAAUCUUCUUUUCAAACGGAGGAAAUCCUCAAGCCCGUUCUCUUAUGGC